GGUCUGUGGGGCUGUGGGCUUGUCUGUCUGUGGGUGUGGGAGUGGUCUCCUGCAGGUCACAUGGUCCGGGCCUUUGUUGAUGUGAUCCGGGGGAGAAAGAACAGGAGCGCCGAGAAAAAAGAAAGGAAAGUCCCGCUCCGACCCACCGAGCCUCUCCGUCCAGCUUCCCCGGCGCACAGACGCUCCCGCCCGGCCUGGAUGCUGCAGCCGCAGCCCCUCCGGAGCUCCACCUGGAUCGCUUGUUCCGCGGCGCCCCGCCGUCGCUUCUUCUCGCCGCCGGUUUGGGCGCUUGGCAGCGGGGGCUGGGGGAUGGAGGCUGUGUCCGGGCUGUGAGGUGUGGGGGUCGGUGUGCGCGCAGCCCCCCAGGCCCUCUGCUGCUUUGUUGUCCGGGGCUCCAGAACCCUCCUCCCGGCUCUCUGCUCGGCGUUUCCAGCCCGAUCCUCCUGGAAGCGCUUCUGCUGCGAGCCAGAGCUCUUUUAGGGAAACCCAUGGACACAAAGAGGAUCUAAGGGGUUGAUUCUUUGGCUCAUCGCUCAUUGAUUUGGGGAUUUAUUUUAAAGAAGACGCGAGAAAAACGCACAAUUAGCCUUUUCGGCCCAUUUUUCUGCAGCCUCCAUUCAUCUGCCUCCAUCCAUUCGUCCCUGCCUCCCUCUGUCCGUCCAUCAUGGCUCCUCUGCGCCGGGUCUCCUGGUUCUGCUGCCUGCUGGUCCUGCUCGGUGUCCCCGCCGCCCGGAGCUCCUUCCCCCGCAGCGGAGGCGGCGGCAGCGCCGACUGCGGCCCCGGGAAGGCCUCCGAGUGUCCAGAUUUGUCGGACAAGAAGAGCGACCUGCGCGUCUGCGAGGCCGGGACGUGUCGUUUCGGGGGAACCUGCCGUGAGAACGGAGCCGACAUCAAGUGCGUCUGUCAGUUCCACUGCAAUAAGAAGUACGUCCCUGUGUGCGGCUCCAACGGAGACACGUACCAGAACGAGUGCUUCCUCCGGAGAGCUGCCUGCAAGAAGCAGAGAGCCAUCAGCAUUGUGUCGGAGGGAGCCUGUUACCACGACGGAGGUUCUGGAUCUGGAGAUGGAGACGAUGAAGGUUCUGGUCGGGGGAAGAAGGCCUCCAAAUGUGGGAACUGCAAGUUUGGAGCCGAAUGCGAUGAAGACUCUGAGGACCUACUCUGCAUGUGUAACAUCGUGUGCAACGGCCACAACGACAACCCGGUCUGCGGCAGCGACGGCAUCACCUACGACACGCCGUGCCACGUCCGCGAGGCGUCCUGCCUCAAGCAGCUCAAGAUCGACAUCAAGCACGUCGGACGCUGCCAAGAUAAAAGCAGGAAGGACGACGGCUUGAAGGGGAAACCAGACAUCUACUCCGUGUCCAAGCCUGACGAGGACGGCGGCUUCCAGGGCAGCGCUCUGCCCUGUCCUGAAGACUACGCUCAGUUCUGUGAACACGGCCACUGUGAGAUGAGGCAGAACCUGCCCACCUGCAGGUGCGACGCUGCGUACGGCGGCCCUCAGUGCGACCAGCUGCUGGACUUCAACAUCCUGUACGUGGUUCCCAGCGGCCAGAAGCUGCACUACGUCCUCAUCGCUGCCAUCAUCGGAGCCGUCCAGAUCGCUGUCAUCGUCGCCGUGGUGAUGUGCUUCACCAGGCGGUGCAACAAGUCGAAGCGUGGCCGCAGGCAGAAGCAGCACCUGGGCCAUUUCCCAUCAGGAACGUCCUCUCGGAUGAUGUAGCUGCCGUCCUUCGUUUUCCCUCCUCAUGUUUUUAUAUAAAAAUCCAACAGUCCAGUUUUCGUACCACACAGACUGUUUUAUAUCAACUUCCUGGUGCCUCUUUUUUUAUUUCCCCCCUUUUUUAUGUAUAUUAUUUGAUAUUUCUUAAAGGGGCCUUAUUUGUCAGAUUUCCCUUCAUGUUUUCUUGUUUUUGUGCGGAUCUGAGUUAAGUUUGUUUCUGUCCAGCUGCUUUCGCUCUCAGAACACUGUGGAUCCAACAGGAAGCAGGAACUUUAUUUAUCUGAUUGUAUCGUCUCUGCGGCGCCAUCAUCAGUCUGGUGUCAUGCAGGUUGUGUUUUUGUUUUCGCCCUGUGGGACGCACGCUGACGCUGUUUUACUGCUUCGCUUCGGUUUUCAUGGUUCCAACAGGAUCAUGUUUCAGACUUUAUGUGACCCAGAAAAAGCUACAUGGUGAAGUAAAAUCUGAAAUACGCUGGAAGAUUGUGUUUGAAUUUAUCACUGCUGGUUCUGUGCUGCUGGUUUUGUUGUCGCUUUUUGAACGUUGUGAGCGUCUCAGCCAGUGUUUGCCUGUUAUUCUGCUGCCGGACUGUUCAGGAGAUUUUACAUUCCAACAUGUGUGGUUCAGGUCUCAAAGCAUGAAAAAUCAAGACUUUUAUUUUUGUUAAAGUGAGAAAUCUAUCCUCCACCUCUGAGAAUGUUCCAUAUUGGGGAUGCACUGACCGGGCUGACACUGAUUACCAGUUUUCUUUAAAGUCUGAGUUUGGAUUUAUUUAAGAACAUGAAAGAGAAAAACUGAUGCAGCUUCUGACAUUUAUUUCUUACUAAAUUCAAAAAUUUGCAUCAAAGCAAAUGUUAUCCGUUGAUGCAUACAAACUUUAGAAUUAGAUUGUUAAAUGAGUAGGAAAAUAAUCUUCAGUAUUUUGCCUGCUGAUCAUGAUUAGAACCUAUCAAAAAAAUAAAAAUUGGCAGACUCUUAUCUCUGGCCACUUGAUUAUUGCAUCAUUACAGCAUGUCAAAUAGUAAAAAGGGAUCCAUAUUAAAAAUAAUUACUAUAAUGCCCAAAAUUCAGGCCGGCUCAUUUCCGAUCUGCUCUGCUUCCUGAUGUACAAACGUAGCUGAUGUAGUCGUUGGCCGGUGUGGGAUUGUCACAAUACGACCAGCUCGAGUGAAAAUAACAGUUUCACGGUUUGCCACCUUGUUUUUUUACAGAAAAGCCUAAGUGAAACGUCCUGAUGUUUUCUGGGCGGUUGUUCAGAGCGUCUUAGGAAGAGCCUGCAGUCAGCUGCUUUACAGGCGUACCACUGGUUGCUGUACUCUUAACAUGGCGGUAUACCUGAGUAACAGGCGUUCCUGCAGUUUUUACACCAAGAUCGUCCUGCAGUUUGUGCGCAAGUGCAACAAGCUUGGCUUUAUUUGAUGGUGUUUAUUGUGUGGUAGACUUCUUAAAGCCAGCUGAUCAGCAGUCCACAGGAACAGGUGGGGGAGGGGCAGCCGUUAUCUUCAUGCUGGUAACCAGUCCUGGUCUGUUGGCCCAAACCUGGGGUCAAAGCAUUUUUUAUUGGACCCGAUCAAAAUAAUCUUAAACUGCUGUGUCCUGAUCCCUUAUGGAAUUUGGUUUUUAAAUAAUUCUGACAUUCAUAAUCGAACCGGUUCUUUUUUUUUUUUUUUUUUCUUUACUAAAAGCAGCAUUUAGUUUUGUCUAAUAAUGAUUUGAUGUCUGAUGGAAUUUAAAAUGACUGCAAUAUCAUCAUUUUUUAUCCAGAAAGUAAUAUAUUUUUUUUAAAUCUAUGUUAUGAUACAUUUACUUUAAAAUUCAGAGUAAAACUUCAUAUUUGUCUCCUUUUUUUAGCUAAAAUAGAAAAUCUGUGACAGCUCAGUCCUGUAAAUCACUUCUGUUCCAAGCAUGUUGUACGGCCUUAAACCUCCAGGGGGCGCUCUGCAUCUGCUCUCCAUCGGGGACCAAUGGCCCCUCUGCUGUUUUCUGUUUUGUUGCGUCUCACAGGGUCAGAAAUGGAAAAUUUAACGCGGACCUUAAGUUCUUUGUUUCUUAUGACGAGAUGCACCUGAAAACCAAAAUGCUGUUUUUUCUACUGCUUAAAAUUUUAUGAGGUACCAGCUGACGUGUACAGGUUGUUAUUAUUAUUAUUAUUAUUAUUAUUAUUACUAUUAUUACUAUUAUAUUUGUUGCUUAGUUUUCAGGUGACGCCAUUCCGGAAAUGGAUACGGAUGUAUUUGUGCGCGUGUUUGGGCGAGCUGAGGGUAUAAUUUGUAACGAUGGUACGAAGUGUCUGUUUUAUUGUGGUAGGAAGAGUAGAUCAAUAAGCUGGCCAGAGGUUUCUUCAUGUCACGCUGACCUGAGAUCAGAUGUGCUGGUCUCUGGGAUGUGGCUCCUGCAGGAACUGGACCAGAUUUUACUGUAGAUGUUGCGUCCUGCAUGAACCAGUGAAGUUGUUUAGACUGUGCUGUAGUUAAUUACAUUAAAUUAUGAUGUUUGAA